GGUUGGACUUGGCAGAGACUUGUUGACAUCAGAGCGCUUUCAAAGACGUGAGCUGAGCGUAUUCUGUUUCCACUUAAUUUACUACAAAUUUGUGUAGUAGAUGAGAAUGGCUGGGAAUGUAAAAAGGUUUUACGACCUAACAGCUAAGCUGCUGUCUGGAGAUGCCUUCAGUUUCUCUGCACUGAAGGGAAAGGUAGUGCUCAUUGAGAAUGUGGCGUCUCUCUGAGGAACAACAACCAGAGACUACACACAGAUGAACGAGCUCAGCAGUCGAUACUCUGCCAAGGGACUCGUUAUUCUGGGUGUGCCCUGUAAUCAGUUCGGACAUCAGGAGAACUGCAAGAAUGAAGAAAUCCUAAAAUCCCUUAAGUACAUCCGUCCAGGGAAUGGCUUCGAACCCAACUUCCAGCUCCUCCAGAAGGUGGAUGUGAAUGGAAAAGAUGCCCACCCCUUGUUUGAAUAUCUGAAAGAAAAGCUUCCACACCCCUGUGACGAUGCCAUGUCUCUCAUGUCCGAUCCAAAGUACAUCAUGUGGAGUCCCGUCAGAAGGAAUGACAUCUCUUGGAACUUUGAAAAGUUCCUGGUUGGUCCUGAUGGUGAACCUUUCAAGCGCUACAGCAGAAAUUUCCUUACCAUUGACAUUGAGGCAGAUAUUAAAGAGCUACUUAAGAAAGUCAAGUAAAGUGUGCUAAAACAAGCUCUGGGUGGCAGGGACGGAUAUAUGACCAGUCUCACUGAAUAGAUUAAUCAGUGCACAUGUUUUUCCACCUUCACUGUUUAACUCUAAGUUUGUGAUAUUUCCAGAUUAGUACUACACUUUGGUUGUUCAGCCUUAUUACUGAAUGAAGACACUCUUUGAAACCUUUUGUGAGAGGAGUUUCUGAUGAACAUGUAAAAGACUGACUGAGCCACUGUGUAGCCUAAAACUCAUGUCACAAAUGUAGAGGAGAGGAGAGAGGAGAAAUAAAAAUGUACUGUCAUACACAAACAAAAAACAGUA